UUCAAAAAUAUGUAAAAAUAUGAAAUUUUAAUAUUUAUUUGUGGUUAGCAUUUCCAACACAAGCUUUACCGGCUGUAAGUGAAGCAACAGGAAUAAUAGAUAGUAUAUCCUAUCAAACAAAUGGUUAUACUCAAUCAACAGCUUGCAGUACUAAUCAAGUUCAAGUGGCUACUCAAACUCAAGCACCAGCAACUACAACAGCUGCUACUAUUGUUUCUUCAGAUAAGAAGCAAGUUUAUACAGCACCUACAACCGGUAAAGGAAAGAAAGGAAGAUAUCCACUUUUAUCUCAACAACCAUCUUGUCAACAACAACAAACUGCCAAUACUCAACAGCAGACUCCUAAUUUCCCCAGCCAAAAUUAUCAAUUGGAUCCAACAACAGUCGCUGGUCAAUACACAACAGGUGUUCCUACAGUUGGUAGUUAUACUACUAGUCAAGUACCACCUGCACCAUUUUCUUGUAUGGAUGUGGAUUCUGAAACAGACAGUAAUCAUGAUACAGCUUUAACUUUAGCAUGUGCUGGUGGCCACGAAGAACUUGUUGAACUUUUGUUAAGUCGUGGUGCAGAUAUAGAGCACAGAGAUAAAAAAGGAUUUACUCCACUUAUUUUGGCAGCAACAGCAGGACAUCAAAAAGUGGUUGAAAUUCUUUUGAAUCACGGAGCUGAUAUAGAAGCUCAAUCUGAACGUACUAAGGAUACACCUCUGUCUCUUGCCUGCAGUGGUGGUAGAUACGAAGUGGUAGAGCUUCUACUUAAUCGGGGUGCUAAUAAGGAGCAUCGUAAUGUUUCUGAUUACACACCUUUGAGUCUUGCAGCAUCCGGUGGUUACGUUAAUAUAAUAAAGCUUCUCCUUAGUCAUGGUGCUGAAAUUAAUUCCCGAACUGGUUCGAAAUUAGGUAUUUCUCCACUCAUGCUUGCUGCUAUGAAUGGUCAUGUUGCGGCGGUAAAAUUAUUAUUAGAUAUGGGCAGUGAUAUAAAUGCUCAAAUUGAAACUAAUCGUAAUACGGCGCUAACAUUGGCGUGUUUCCAAGGAAGACAUGAAGUUGUUAGUCUUCUUCUCGAUCGAAAGGCUAACGUAGAACAUCGAGCUAAGACCGGCUUAACACCAUUGAUGGAAGCAGCUAGUGGAGGAUAUGUAGAAGUUGGGCGAGUUUUAUUAACUAAAGGAGCUGAUGUUAAUGCUACUCCCGUUCCAUCAUCUCGCGAUACUGCUCUCACCAUUGCUGCUGAUAAAGGACACUGCCGUUUUGUAGAAUUAUUAUUAUCAAGAGGAACGCAAGUCGAAGUAAAAAACAAGAAAGGAAAUAGUCCAUUAUGGUUAGCGGCAAAUGGUGGGCAUUUAAAUGUUGUUGAUUUAUUGUAUCAUGCUGGAGCAGAUAUCGAUUCACAAGACAAUCGAAAGGUAUGUGAAAAUUUGAGUACAUAUAUCUAUAACAUAUGGAUUGGGUACAUAUAUCAUAUAUAUAUAUAA